AUGUCGAUUGAAAAAAAUGAUGAAAAUUUAUUUGAACUCGUUUGGCUUGGAAAUUCAUCGGAUAAGAUUCUAUCGGAAAUUAAUUUUACAAGUGAAUUUACAAAUAAUAAUCAAUUAAAAGAAUAUAUUAUUGAUAAAUCAGAUUGUUCAAUAAUUGUUAUUCUAUCAGAAAGUAUGCCAGUCGAUAUAACAUCUCUAAUCAAAUAUUCACAGAUUUGUGCUAUUUAUAAUGAAAAACUAAUUUGUUUGUAUUGUUUACCUCGAAUGAUAUCAUCAGUUGACAUCUAUAUGAAGAAUAAACAACAAGAAGAAAUAAAACAAAAGAAAUCAGAUCAAUUAUAUUUAUCUAAUAUAUUGUUAAUAAUUCGAAAAUAUUGGUUUCUUAUUGGUUUGCCUAUAUCAAUCUUAAUAGCAUAUAGUUUUCCAAAUGUUGGAAAAACAGGUGGUUAUAUUCGUUCAGAAUGGACAGUUAAAUAUGGUUGUAUCAUAUUAAUUUUCUUUAUUCAAGGUUUAUCUCUUCGAACAAAACAACUUGCCAAUGAAGUUCUUCGUAUUCGUCUUCAUAUUUUUAUUCAAAUCUAUAGUUUUAUUAUUGUUCCAUUUUUAGUUUAUGCUUUAUCAUUAUUAUUAACAAGAACAUCUAUGAAUAAAACAUUGAUUUUUGGUAUUAAUAUAAUGUCUUCAAUAUCAACGAUGAUUUCUAGUAAUGUUGUUAUGACUAAGAAUGCCUUAGGAAAUGAAUAUGCUGCAUUAUUAAAUGCAAUACUUGGCAAUAUUUUAGGUAUAUUUAUAUCACCAGCUCUUAUAUUUCUUUUUAUGAAAAAUUCUAUAUUUGAUUUUUUAUCAACAACAAGUAAUACACAAUAUAAAUUAGAUUAUAGUCAUGUUGUCAAAAAAUUAAGUUUAACUGGUUUAGUUCCUUUAUUUAUUGGACAAAUAAUUCAAUUAUUAUGGACAAAAAAAAUCAUGUAUAUACAAAAAAAAUUUUAUUUUGCUGAACUGAAUAGUUUAGCUUUAUUAACCAUUCUAUGGUCUGUAUUUUCUACUGCUUUUUCCACUGGAUCGUUUCAAAGAAUACAGAAAAUAGAUCUUCUCAUUUUAAUUCUUAUUAAUUGUGGUAUAUAUAUUUUAUUUUCAUUAUUAAUUAUUAUUAUAGCCAGAUUACCUAUUCGACAUUGGCAAUUUUCUGAAAAAGAUACUAUUGCAAUCAUGUUCUGUGGUGUAAUGAAAAGUUUAUCUAUGGGUAUUUUAUUAAUCAAUGCUUUAUAUGAUAAUACAAAUCAAUAUAUUAGUGGUUUACUUUCACUGCCAUUAAUUAUGUAUUACGUCGUACAAUUAUCAAUAGGUGCUAUUCAGGUUAUAUUAUUGAAAAAUUGGAUAGAAAAAAAAUUAAACAAACCGACACAGAUUCUAAAACAUAAUGCUCAUAUUCAAUCUCAGAAUGAAGAUGAACUUAAAAGAAAUGAAUCAAAAAAUAUAAAUGUUAAAUAUUAG